CACACUAUUGUUGGCACAAACUUUAAGCCCACAUAUAAAAACUGAAAUUCACGACCAAAAGGUAUCACUUGAGUGUUUGGAUCGCAUCUGAGAAAGUAUUGUCACAUUUGUUUUAACGCCAAACAAAGAAAAUGCUUUUCAAAUAUUUAAUCGUAUCGGUGUUUGUUGUGGUGGCGAUCGCACAGGACUUUGAGGACAGUUCCCUCGACGAUGAAUUGGACGGCGAGGCGAGUGAACUAGACCUGGCUGUGGCCGAGUCGGGCGGCGCUGGCACUGGUGGCGGAGCCGCUGCCACCGCUGGUGCGAAGUUCGCUAAGGGAGGCGCCGCCGCAGCCGCUGCCGGAGCCAAG